AUGGCAGAUCAAUACCAUCAUACCUUGAGUAAUUGCAACUCUCUCUUCUUUCUUCUCCUCCUCCUACUCAUUGUCAUUCCCUGUUCUUCUCUCUCACCACCACCAUCAUCAUCUGACGAUCAUCAUCGGUUGAUCAAACCCAACAUUGCACCAUCCAGUUCCAAUCUGCCCUCCCAGUCCUCGCAGUACCAAGUUUAUAACUUCAAGAACUCAAAAGUAUUUUUCUUGAACCGAAAAGGGUUCAAGAAAAACAAGGGUUUUACGAAAAGCAAGAGAAAGAAGACCAAGAACUUCAGUGUUCCUACAUCCAGCAGGCCAUUUUCGGCUAUGCUUCCUAAGGGUUACGUGCCUCCUUCAGACAUUAGAAUGUUGGCCUACAUUUACAAGAUCCAUUUGAGUGGCAGCAGGACAGUUUUAUGGAGAUCCCUCCUUCAAUACUCUACUACUUCACCAACUGCGGCACCCCAACAUAAGUGUUUGUUGGAAGAUUAUCUGAUAAACUCGCUUGGGUUCUCAAAACCAGAGGCCAUCUUUGUUUCAAACAAGGCACCUCGCUUAAAGCCCAUCUAUCCAAGUUUAGCAGUCAAUUUUUUUGAGAAUUUGGGAUUCAGCAAAACCCACAUCAAAAUCAUUGUUUCUUCCUGUCCUAAAGUACUAUGGUCUAAUGUGGAUAAAACCCUGAAACCAAAAAUCAGAUUUCUCCAAGACCUGGGAAUUUCUGGGCCUGCCCUUGUCAAGUUACUAUUGGGUUAUAAGUCACUGAUUUAUAGAGGUUUGGAUAGUCACAUCAAACCCCGAAUUGAGUAUUUAAGACAAGUGUUGAAUACUGAUGAGAGAGUAGUUGUAGCUUUGAAGAAAUACGCAUUGCUACUUGGAAACAUUGAGUGUGUUUGGAUUAAAUUUGGCUUUUCAAAGGAGAAGGUCGCCACUUUCAUUGCAAACAAUCCCAUGCGGAUUUUCAUGACGAGUCCUGAAUGGUUUGAGAAACGGUUGCAAUUAGUGGAAAACUAUUUGGGGAUUCCUCGCGAGUCCACCAUGUUCCCCUAUGGGCUUAAAAUACUCUGUAGCUUGCGGAAGUCGACAAUUGACAAGAAAUUUGACAUUUUGAGGAGUUAUGGCUGGUCUAAUGAGGACAUACUUCGGAUGGUUAGGUGUUUACCUCUAUUUUUAGGUCUGUCUGAGACUAGAAUGAAAAAAUCUUUGGAUUAUUUCAUGAAUGAACUUGGAUAUACUCCUGAUUACUUGGCUUUGCGCCCUUUCUUAUUUACUUUGAGUCUGGAAAAACGAAUUAAGCCAAGGAAUGAAGUUUUGAAGAUUCUGAAUGAAAAGAAUUUGAACACGAGGAAGAGGGACCUUGGUAAAGCUAUGUGCUUGACAGAAUCAAAGUUUCUGCAGGAUUAUCUUUUGCCUUACAAGGAUGAAUUGCCUGAUGUGUUUGAGUCCUACAUCAAGAAGUUGGAGCAGAAGUAUCGGCCACUAUGA